UCUGAGCAUCUGUCAGAAUUUUUCAAACAAGUGAAGCUUUGGAAUCGUUAUUGUAUGUGGUUUUGGCGCCGCUCGCGCGGUACUUUACAUUUUUGAGGAUAAUCUCAAAUUCUCAAAGUGACAUCUUAUCAACAAAGUUUUAGGAGCGCUGCCGUCAUUAACCGAUGGCUCGAGGCAAAAGGAAAUCAGGAGUGGGUAGUACUCCUGGCGCCAAAGGUGGUGGAGAUACUUCCAAAAAUGUAGCGCCUCCCCCUGAGAAAGAUGACGAAGAAGAUAUGCCUCCCCCGGAGGAAGUUUACUAUUCAGACGAAGAAGGAGCAACACGCGUAGGUGAUAUAUACAUUCCUCCUCCAAUCAAACCUCAUUGUUCAACAGAGAGUAAGGGCCCGCGGCUGAUCAUUAAAAAGAUUGAAAACGAGAACUUUAAGAGUUACGCCGGGAAGGUUGUACUUGGUCCCUUUCAUCAUCGCUUUACAGCGAUCAUUGGACCCAAUGGAAGUGGGAAGAGUAACGUUAUCGAUUCCAUGUUGUUCGUGUUCGGUUACAGAGCGCAGAAAAUCCGAUGCAAGAAGCUGUCCGUCCUACUGCACAACUCCGCAAAGCACAGCAACAUCCAGAUGUGUUCGGUGGCGGUGCACUUCAAACAGAUCCUUGAUCUACCCGAUGGGAAAUUCGAAGAGAUCGAAGGCAGUGAAAUCGUUAUAGCAAGAACUGCAUUCCGCGACAAUACAUCAUAUUAUACGGUGAACGGGCGUCGAGUACAGUUCAAGGAAGUUUCCAAAUUGCUGAAACAGCACGGGGUCGAUCUCGAUCAUAAUCGGUUUUUAAUUUUGCAGGGAGAAGUGGAAUCAAUUUCCCUGAUGAAGCCGAAAGCGCAAGGCGAAAACGAAUGCGGAAUGCUGGAGUAUUUAGAGGAUAUCAUCGGGACCAAUCGAUAUAAAGAACCCUUGACCAAGAUUAACGAUAGAGUGGAAAAGCUAACAGAAGAACGUACGGAAAAGCACAACCGAUGCAAAUUGGCCGAGCGUGAAAUGAAAGAUCUGGAGCAACCAUUUAACGAAGCUGUUGAGUACCUGAAGCUGGAAAAUGCUUUGACAAGAACCAAAAACCUCCAAAUUCAAAAAUACUUGAGCGAACAAAAUAAGAAAUUGGAAGAAUUCGGCUCUGAACGAGAAGGAAUUGUGACCGAAUUGAGUGAACACGAUGCUACCUAUACAGAAUUAAAGAAACAACGCGAAGAGAAGGAGAGUAUAAUCAAAGAGGAAAUAGCUAAAUUCGACAAACUUUGUAAAGAUAAAGAAGAAAUGGAGCAGCAGUUGAAGUUCCAUCUCAACAGUUAUACCGAAGCCCAAACAACAAUGGUAGCCAUAAACAAUCGUCGCAAACAGAAUAAGAAGCAAUUGACAACGAACGAGGAUAAAUUGGUUCAACUGAAAAAGAUACCUGAAAAAAAUCUUUCGGAAAUUGAAGAAUGUGAGAAAAAAAUUACACAACUUACCAAAAAGAAAGCAGAACAAGAGGAGACACUACAGAAAAACUAUGCAACGUUAGAAAAUCAGACCCGGCCGCUUAUUGAUGAACGUGAAAAGCUUGAGGCAAAGUUGGCUGAUCUGAAGAAAAAUGCCGACGAAUCAAAAGCAGAGUUGUCGCUCGCUGAAUCUGAAUUGAAAGUGCUGAAAAGUGACGAAACCACCGAGAAGAGAAAAUACGAAAGCUUGAAAUCAUCUUAUGAAGAAUCUCGUGAAAAUUUUGAGUCUAAGCAAGCAAUUCUAAAUGAAUGCCAGCAAUCAAUACCAGAACUUAAAAGUGAAAUUGUGACGAAAACGAAAGAGCUUCAAAAUUGUCGAAACGAAGAACGGAUGUUUAGUGAGAAGUUAUUCACUCUGCGCGCAGAAAUUUCAGAAAGAAUGAACAGUAUGAAAGUCGCGAAAUCGAACAACAAAGUGCUAGACUCAUUAAUGAAACAGAAAGUGGAAGGUAAAAUUCCUGGAAUUUAUGGAAGAUUAGGCGAUUUGGGUGGGAUCGACUCGAAGUAUGAUGUAGCUAUUUCGACAGCUUGUCGUCGGCUUGACAAUAUAGUUGUUGAUACAGUAAAUACGGCACAAGCUUGUAUUGAGUUUCUUAAGCGAUACAACAUCGGUAGGGCUUCUAUAAUUGCCCUGGAAAAAGUCCAACAUUUACGACAUCAAUGUGAACAGAGGAUAAAGACGCCCGAAAACGCUCAUCGUCUCUUCGACUUGGUGCGCGUUGAAGACAAACGAGUCCUGCCAGCUUUUUAUUUCGCCCUUAGAAAUACAUUGGUUGCCAAUGACUUAGAUCAAGGAUCUCGAAUUGCUUACGGAGCUACUCGGUUUCGUGUGGUAACUUUACGUGGCGAUCUUAUAGAAAUAUCUGGUACAAUGUCGGGAGGAGGUAAAACCCAAAUCCGUGGUAAAAUGGGUACUCAGGUAGCUACAAAAAGUGCGAACACUUCGAUGACAUCACAAAGAGAUUUGGAGGAUAUGCAGGUUCAGGCACAAGAAAUGCAAUCAAAAGUCAAUUAUGCUCAACAGGAACAAGGGCGUCUUGAGCGAGAGCUGAAUAGCUUGCAAUCGACCCUUAAUAAGAAAGAAGCUGAAGUAAAGAAAAUAUCAGUUACAUUGAAAAGUCUUUCAGAACAAUUGCCUCGUAUUCAAUCACAACUUGAAAAUCAAAAGAAGCGAGCUGAUAAUACCGUCGCAGACCCGGCAAAAGUGAAACAACUAGAGAAAACUAUUGAAGAGCGACGAAAAAUCUUUGAAGAGUCUGAUAAGGCUGCUAGUAAGAUAGCUAAUAAAAUUAAGGACACCAAUAAGAAAAUUGAAGAUAUUCACGGUGAAAAAGUUAAGUCGGUGCAGCAGGUCAUCGACAAUACGACAAAGCAAAUCAAUAAGCUUUCCUCGAAUAUAUCGAAGUUAAAAGUUGAAAUUACUACGUCAGAACGGAACCUGAAGAAAGUGGAAAAGGAAAUUGAGGAGCUGAAAAGUGAAAUAUCGAAAGCUGAAGACUCCGUUAAGAAACUGGCUGAGGAGCGUGCCAAGCAUGAUGCAGAAGCUGUGGAAUGGACAAAUAAAAUAGAAGCAGCCAAGGAAGAAAUCGAGAAAGCUAACAAAGAUUCGUCGAGCAUACAAAAGGAAAUUUUGGCAAUACAAAAGAAAGAGAGCGAUGGGAAGCUGAAGAGAUUGAGUAUAGAAGAAAAACUUGAAGCGCUUGAUAAGAAAAUUUCAGACGUUAAAAGUCAAUUGCCUCAUUGGAAAAAUAAGCUAAAACCGCUGAAACUGCAAGAAAUUCCGGGGGAAACUGAAGGACAAGAACCACUGAAAACCUACACAGAGGAAGAGUUGAAUACAUAUAAGCUGCAAGACCUCCAAUAUCAAUUCUCGGUUCAAGAGGAAAAGUUGAAUGCUAAAAAACCGAACUUGUCUGUAAUUCAGGAGUACAUGAAUAAACGGGAAACAUACCUGGAACGCGUGAAGAUUCUAGAAGACAUCACAAACAUUCGAAAUGAGAUGCGUCAACUUUACGAUGAUGUUCGAAAGAAACGUUAUACUGAAUUCAUGCAAGGCUUCCAUAUUAUCACAAAAAAGUUGAAGGAAAUGUACCAAAUGAUUACUCAAGGUGGUGAUGCUGAACUAGAAUUAGUGGAUUCAAUGGAUCCAUUCACAGAGGGUGUGUCGUUCAGUGUGCGACCGCCUAAAAAAACUUGGAAGAAUAUCUCAAACUUAUCGGGUGGAGAGAAAACACUUUCUUCGUUGGCAUUAGUAUUUGCUCUGCACUACUACAAACCAUCGCCUCUGUAUUUCAUGGAUGAAAUUGAUGCAGCACUGGAUUUCAAAAACAUAUCAAUCGUAGCACAUUACAUAAAAGAACGAACGAAAAACGCCCAGUUCAUAAUUAUCUCUUUGCGGUCGAAUAUGUUCGAAUUAUCUGACUACUUGGUUGGAAUUUAUAAAGUUCAAGAUUGCACAAACACCGUUACAAUAGAAAACCAUCCGCCAAAGAGCCUGACCGCCUCAGAUGCAGUUCCAUUCGGACUUUCACAGCAAACACAACAGACACAACAGAUCAACACAUCCACACAACAAAUCAACACGACACAACAACUCAACACAACGACACAAGAGAUACAUGUAUAAUAAUAACUUACUGAAACAAACGAAAAAAUAAAAAGAUUUGAUAAUAUGUUUUAUAAA